AAGUUGAUUGAAAGUGGAUUAUAUAUUAUCUCAAAGCAAUGCGAAUUACCUAGCAGAGGGAGGAGCAAGCAUUUCACUCGCUAUUUACACUAAUCUAUAUUUAUUAAUUCUAAAUAUUUUAGCAAAAUUUUACCAUAGUAUAAAGUUUGUGUGGAAUGUCUCACGAAGGUUUCAUGGUACAUUUUACAGUACGGUUUGUUCGUUUGUUUGUUCUUCUGUUGUGCGGGGUAAUAUAGGACCUAUUAACGUUAUCAACCUGUUCUUACUGGGAAAUUAAAGCCAUGUUCCUUGCGUUGACCUUAUUGUGUUUCGGUCAUGUAAUAAUUCCAUACUUUCGUAAAGUAUAAUUUUUUUAAAAUAAUAUAUAUUAGUUACUAAUAUGUUCGUCUUCACAGAAUUUAUAGAAUCUUUUUGUUGAAACAACUUUUGAAAGAUGAUUAAAAUUUGACUUCAAAGUUGGCUGUUUGAAACGUUCUCAUAAAAGAAACUAAUAUAUUUUUUUUUUCUAGUUCUAAUAAUCUUUUGCGAUUUUUUUUGUUUCCUUCGUAAACUUACUUUUCGUAUAGGUGGUAGAAUAAAAAUUUGAAAGAUUUUUUCUGUUUGCUAUUCAAUUUUUAUUUUAAGCAACAUUUGUUCCUUCACACGCGAUUAAUUUGAAAUGUAAAAACACGCAAAUAAACAAAUAGAUAAGUAGAACCAACAAAGAGUGAAAAAAAGGAAAAAGAAGGCUUUUAAAGAAAAGAAAACAAUUGCAGGUUUUUUUAUACUUGCAUGAAAAUAUAAAUGUUGUUGAGCUCAAGCAAGAUGAAGGUUUUUUAUAGCUAGUGCAUGGUUAACGUUGUAAAUACCUUUUUUAUAUUUUUAUUUACAGGUCGAUUCAAGCCGUUCUUUGUCAGCAUGCAACACGAGGGGAAAAUUAAAAAUUGUGAUUUUUAGGGAAAAAAAGGUUGCAUGGCCUGCGAGCUGGAUAAAAACUUCUGAUAUCAUAAAGAAAUUCACGAUGAGCCAUCGUUGGAAUAUUUAAGCUUUUCUUUACGAGUCUUUAUAAUUAUUUAUAAUUAAACUCUGAACUGCGAGAAAGUCUUUGGAAAUUUAAAUCUUUUUUUUUAGGUUAACGUCUACAAACGAAUAAUCAUUAGGUAUUUUUUUUGACGUUUCGUGAAUACAAAGCCUUGCAAAUCUCAGAAUGUCAACUCUGAAGGCUAAUGUGUUUCUUAAACCUCUUAAUCUUCCAAAUGUACUAAGAAGAUAAAUAGAUUUUUUCUUUUCUAAUUAUGGAUAGGUGCAACAGCGCGAGCUAAAAAAAAAGUGUUAAUUAUCUUGGCUCCCUUUUCGGUUAUUUGCGUUAAAACCGCUUAAACCAUAUAGGCGUACGCCUUUUCGCCCGGAGGUGCAGAUAGCAACAUCGCGUACAAUAACCUACCUUAUAGGUAAAAAACAGUCGGCAAAAAGUGACUAAAUUUUGCCUUAGUGACUAAUAUUUUUUGCCAACUAAAAUUUUCUUCGACUUUUUCAUUACCGACCAAACUAUUUUGCCGACAUUUUUUUUCCGAAUUAACUUUUUUCCGACCACCUUUUUGCCGUUUUUCUUUCUUCUUGUUAAUUUUUAUCAGUUUUAUGCAAUUAUUCUUUGUUAGUGACUAAAUUCUAAAAUUUUGUCAACAAAAAGUGACUAAAUACAAAAAUUUAGUCGGCAAAAAGUGUCUAAAUUUUGUCCAAGUAACUAAUAUUUUUGCUGACUUUUUAUUUUUGCCGACAAAUUUUUUUUGCCGACUUUUUUUUAACGAUAAGGUAACUGUCUAUACAAAUAAACAAACAAUUAUACACAAGACAUUAAAGAUGGUACUCUCACAGUUGGGUAACAAAAAAACACAUUUCGUCAUUCAAGUGUUAAUGAUAAUGACACGUGUAAAAGUCGGCACUAAGAAGAUGUGUGAACACCACAUAACAAGUCAGCAUUAGUAUUCAGAAAAGUUCGGCUCUGCUUAUUUCAUUAUUAACUUGUUUACUAAAACCGAUUUCUGUGCGCAAGAAAAAAAGAUUUCAUUUGAUAUAGAUAUUUAGUGUUAAGCUCUUGUGUCGGUCUUGUGAUUUUUAACGUUUCCCGAGUUGUCUUGUUUAGCCGCACAUUCUUAUUAUGCAAAAAUGUUUUAGAAGACAUAGAAAACCGUUGACAUUCGCCAGUGCGUUUCCAAAUGCAAUGUGAAGGCUAAAUACACAUGAUGGACUCCUGAAAUGGUUAUCGAAAUAUUGCCUUGCUUUAACAUAGCAACUCAUUGAAUACUGCAGAGCUCCUUUUCGACAAUGUAACGAUAAGAGAAGAAACUACCUCACGUAAAGAGACUAUAUAUAUGCAUCAAUAUAUAUUCACAUACGUAUUUGAUUUUAGCAAACAAACGAAACAUGACUAACACGAGUGCUGUGCAACAACUUCACAAAUCCACCACAUGUCGUCUGGACAACUACAGUAUAAUCUACAUGUCCAUCUAUUGUUUCAUCAUCGCAACAGGGAUUAUCGGAAACAGCACCGUCCUUUACAUAUUUCGCCCGUACACGAAACGAGCUCGUAAGAGUUACGAGGUUUUAAUAUGGUACUUGAGUUUAUUCGACGUGAUAUCGUGCGUUAUCGCGAUAAACGAAGUUUACGAGAAUUUAACGUGCCACGAAGACUGGCCGUUUGGAUGGUUCGGCUGCAAAACUAUAUAUUCGUGCUACUACAUAUCGAUAAAUAUUUCUAUUUGUAUACUACUGAUCAUAACAUUGGAUCGAUAUCGCUGUAUCGUAACGCCGUUUCGAAAGAAACUUACGCCAACGUUUAUUCACACAUCCGUGUUCGUAUCGAUAAUUAUAUCGUUCGCAUUACAAUGGUACCAGUUCAAAGCGCUACACAUUAAACCUCACGGCGUAUACAACCACGAACGAUGCGUACAGAAUAAAGGGGUAUACACGUAUACCGUACCGCGUGUAGCAACUUUACUGUUUCGUGACUUAAUCUACAUUACGGUGUUUUCGACAACAACUUUAACGGUGUAUCGCUCUUUUCAGAGGCGUAAAAGACGUAGCUUGACUUAUCAAAAGUGCGAUAAAAACAAAGGACAAAACAAAAAUAUAUUUUUCAUGUUGUUUAUCAUGGGAUGCACGUUCGCUGUACUGGUUCUACCAUACGACAUAUGGGACUGCGCUAUGUUGAUUUCACGGAUGCUUCCUCAAUCCCAUCACAUCAACAUGACAACUGGAUUGCAACACAUGGACACCGCACUAUCCAUGCUCCAAAUGUGCAACAGUGUCUCCAACUGUUUCAUAUACGCAAAAAUGCAUCGACACUUCAAAUCACAAAUCGUCAAGCAUUUUUACAAAGAAGCAGAAAAAAAUCCCCAAUUACUAACGCAACCUAGUGUGGGCAACAGAAACAGCCAAAAUACCGAAAUUGAAAGUUGUUUCUACUAGCUGCAGGGCCACAUUCAUGAAUUAUAGAUGAGUCGCCCACAGCUGUGCGUACUUAACAUCGUUUCAUCGGAUGGCUCAAGUACUAAGCUCAUUAUUUAUUCAUUACAUCUAUUGCAGCUGAAUCUAUAGCUAAGGUUUAAUUCUAGGUAAAUCCAUUUGGUAUCUUUACAGAUUUUAGAACUCAUCUAUCAAGGUAGAGUUCUACGACAAGAAAGAAUCGACGUUUUAGCAAUAAUAUUGUUUCACGCCGGUUCCAUGAAUUAGCUUCAGCAAUUGUGAAUACAGUGGUGUUGGUCUCCUUCGUACACAACCGUGUCGAAUUCUAUGAUGCUCUUCCAGAAAAAAACUUUUUAAAAACAGCAUAAAAAACCCUUUUUAGAUAUCCAUCUGAAGUUGAGAAACGCGAUUUAAUUUGACAAAGUAAAAUCUAUGCUUCUUCUUUAGGGAAGUUUUUAUCAAAUAGGAUAAUUAUUAAACAACUUUUAGUCCAAUGUUUGUAACUUUUUGUUAGUCCCGUUUUAAACGGUUGCAAACUACCCCUUACCGUGAUGAGCCCGGGCGUUUGAAUUUUACCUUAGAUUGGGCACUUACUCGCCACCUGUGCAAUAUAUUAAGUGAAAAUUUAUUAUUUUCACACAACAUCCAAAAUUUCCUUAAAAGAAAGUACGUUUCUUGAUACCUUGUUACACGAUAAACGGAUGUCGUGUGUUCACAUCUUUGGCUACCAGAAAGUGGAGGGCGCGUGUAGUGUUUUGAACAAAUGGGCGUGCCUAAUCAAGAAGGGCGUUGGAAAAUAUUUUUGUCACUUUUUCCUUUUUUUAUUUCUUUAUCAAAACAAGCACGAAACAAAAUACUUAACUUCGGGAAA